UAAAAUACUUGAGCCCAGCAGAUGUUGCUAUGUUUAUUUUUUUUCCCUUUAAGGAAAUAUCGCGAUAAUAGGUGCUAAUAAAAUCUGACUCAUCAUCUCGCGUGCCUUCUUCUUCCUGUUUUACCCAUCACCAAAUGGCGGACGACGCCGGUGGUAGAGGAGGUUUUCGUGGUGGUUUUGGCGCUGGCGGCCGUGGUAGAGGCCGUGGACGCGGGAGAGGCCGCGGCAGAGGCCGCGGUGCCCGUGGCGGCAAGUCCGAAGACAAGGAGUGGGUGCCGGUCACCAAGCUGGGCCGUCUGGUUAAGGACAUGAAGAUCAAGUCCCUGGAGGAGAUUUAUCUCUAUUCUCUGCCUAUCAAGGAGUCUGAGAUUAUAGACUUCUUCUUGGGUUCUGGUCUCAAAGAUGAGGUGUUGAAGAUCAUGCCUGUCCAGAAGCAGACUAGGGCUGGACAGCGUACCAGGUUCAAGGCCUUUGUUGCCAUUGGUGAUUACAAUGGGCAUGUGGGCUUGGGAGUGAAGUGCUCCAAGGAGGUGGCUACAGCCAUCCGUGGGGCCAUCAUCUUAGCCAAGCUGUCCAUCGUCCCUGUCAGGAGAGGUUACUGGGGUAACAAGAUCGGCAAGCCUCACACGGUGCCCUGCAAGGUCACGGGUCGUUGUGGUUCUGUCCUGGUGCGUCUCAUCCCAGCCCCUCGUGGUACUGGCAUUGUGUCUGCCCCUGUGCCUAAAAAGCUGCUCAUGAUGGCUGGUAUUGAUGACUGCUACACUUCUGCCAGGGGCUGCACUGCCACGCUUGGCAACUUUGCCAAGGCUACCUUUGAUGCCAUCUCAAAGACUUACAGCUACCUGACCCCAGAUUUGUGGAAGGAGACUGUCUUCACAAAGUCUCCCUACCAGGAGUUCACUGACCAUCUGGCCAAGACUCACACCAGGGUGUCUGUGCAAAGGGGCCAACCAGUCCAGCCCCCUACUGCCUAAACUUUUGUACAUGUUGAAUAAACAUUCUGAACCAUC